AUUUGUUUCAUCAAUAGAAUUGAAAAUAAACAAAACAAACAAAUUAUGAAUGCCGACGAGCGAAAUUUUCGAUCUAGUUAUUAUGAGAAAUGUCUGAUAAACAGUGUCGAGGAGAACAAAUCGCUGAACAAGCUGCUGGAGGAUGACAUACGCAACCUGAACAAACUGAAGCAAUUCUGCAUGAACUACACUGUCCCGAAUGUGCACAGAAAUUAUCUUUGGUCGCUGGUCAUGGGCAUUCUACCACUUCACAAGUCCUCCACCGACUACAUACGGGACCAACGGCGCGAGGUCUACGAGGAUCUGCUGCGGGCUGUGUCCGUGCUGCGGUGUGUCCAGAAAAAGGAGUUGGUGGAGCACACAAAAAAGGAGCUGGUGGAGCACACAAUGCACACAAUGUGGCUGCUGGAGACGAAUCGAUUGUGGCAAGGCAAUGCGAAUGCCACUCUCCAGGCGGAUGACACCCAUUUCAUUGAAAUCGUGCGAGCUCUGCUGCAAAUUUUCACCAACGACGUGGAAACCUAUUGGAUAGCAAAGGGAUUCUACAACUACACCCGCGAGCUGAAAAAGGAAUGCCCCAAAUUAAAGGAGCAGACACAAAUCCUGCUCAAGCGCGAGGAUCUCGCACUGUUCAACCGCUUGGAGCAGCUGGGUCUAUUUGAGAGCUCUUCGGUGCUGCUGGACAACUGGUACAUCACCUGCUUUGCUGGCGUCAUUUGCGAGACGGUGCUGGUCAAAAUCUGGGACAAGGUGUGCGGUGGUUCGCGGAAGAUUGUCGUGUUCCUCUUCGUGGAGCUGGUCAAGGAUAUAAGGUACCUGAUUCUCAAGCAAAGUUCCCUGGCAGAGGUCAAAAGGCUGAUAGAAACGGUGGAGGAUCCCGAUGGUGUCAUAGUCAACAAGGCCAUCAAGUCGCUGCAGAUAAACAACAGCGAAGUCGACUACACGCAUUAGACCACGUCCUUCUUGUCGGCCACCGUUUGCAGCUCCAGCGUGACGGGGCAUUGCAUCCAGUAGGAGAGCAGCUCCUCCGUGUAGCCAAUAAGAAAAUACAUUUUGCGUGGACUGAUGGCCUGGC